CUCUAGACUGUUAUACAUCACAUCAUGACUAAAUAUCAAUGUCGAAUCGAGUUUACGAUUGAGUCAGCAACAAGUGGAUGCAAUGAUAAAUUCAUUUUUGAAGCUUAUUUACCUUAUUCAAGAUAAAUGAUUAUCUAACUAACAUAUUUGUGAACUAAGAUUAUAAUUUCGUCCGGCAACAAUGGAGUAGAGAUAGCAAUCAAACCCAUGGUCACCUCUCACCCAGUCAAUACGGGGAAUCCCCGCAUUGACCGGGUAUGGGGCGCGUAUGGGUAAAACCCGCAAAGAAUUAGAUGAGUAUGAGGCGGGUAUGAUUUUAGUGUUCCCUGCCCCAUCAAGGUAUUUUGCUAUACGUAAAAAUCUACAAAUAUAUUUUUUAUAAAUUAUUAUUAGCAUGAAGGUAGUAAAAUAAGAAAGCAUGAUUAAAAUAUAAUUAUAUUUAUCACAACUCUUGAAAACCCUCUUAGCCGACUAGAGUUUAUUUUCUCAAUUCCUCAAUGUCGCUGUCUUUCCUACCCUGCCUCUUGAAGCAUCUUGGAGAUGACCACCUUACCAAAAUUGUGGAUGAGAUAGUAAUAGUCAUUGCAUAUCAUCUUUUACAUUUGAAUUAUUUUGAUGCAUAUUGGUGUAACUUAUUGUGUUUGAAGAAUUGGUAGUCUAUUAGACUUUAAUCUUUUAGAAGCAAAAGAGGUUUUUGUCUAGUUGACAAGUUUAUGUUAGCUAUUUACUAUAUAGACGUGUUAGAUUCGAAGAUGAAUGAUUUGAUAUAGUGUUAUAUUUUUAUUUUAUUUUAUUGAUUAAUCAAUAUUUUAUAAUUGAAUGGUUUUUCCUAUUAAGAAAUACUGUAACUAUGUUGAUUUCUGCUAUUUAUUAUGUAUGUUUUGUGUUGUAAUUGAAGACAUACAUGUUGAACUUUAAAUAUAAUAAUACGUAGGCGGGUAUGAGGAUGAAUAUGGAGUCAUUCAAUACUUAAAUCAAUCAAUCCUCCAACACAAGAUCUAGAGAUCAGUAAGGUAUAUUCAUAUGUUACAAUAAUCUACGUCUCCGAAAGCUAGAUUUGUACCAAUUAGACGACUCUAUAAAAUGGAUGUGAAGGGAGAGAAGUUUUUGUUGUGCGUGUGCAAGUGGAAGUAACCAGAAAAUGAAAGUGAGAAAAAGAAAGAAGGGAGAGGCGUGUGGGAGCGAGUAGAAAAAGAGUAUUGAGAGUGAAUGAUCGUUUGCUCUGCCAUGCUGCCAUUAUAUAAGAGUAGGGGUGGCUAUACGGUCCGAUCCGAUUAAAUUGGACCAAAUUGAUCCGGUCUCAAUCCGGUCUUUUCGAGAAUAUAAGGACCAAAGAUUGGAUUGGAUACAGUCCGGUCUUGACCCGGUCCGGUCCUAAUUUGAUCUUGAUUUUAGAUUGAGCUUGUGAGAAUAUGAGUGUUGGGGUCUCUUAUCCGGUUUUUAUCCGGCUUUUUACCUCAAAUCUAAGCCCAACUAUGAGAUUGGAUUGUUUGCUAUCUGGUCCCAGUCCGGUCCCGGUCCGGGUUAUACGAUCUGGUUUCGAGGAAAAACCAAACAAUCCAGACCAAAUAACCAGCCUAUAUAAGAGCUAGCCUGUCAUGGCUUCCCUAGAAACCCAUAUAUCCUGUGCAUAAUCACUCACAUUACUAUAAUCUCUCUCUCUCUCUGUCCGCCAUGGCUAGGCUUUCUGCAAUGACGAAGAUGGUGGGCCUGGUCGUGGGCUUAGCCAUGUUGGGCUGUAGUCUGCAGGUAGCCCGGGUCGGGGCGGAUUUUGUCCCUCUGUAUGUGUUCGGCGGUAGGUUUGUGGACAGUGGAAACAACAACUACUUGGACACGACAGUUAAAGCAGACGCGCCGCCUUACGGGAUCGAUUCUCCGACCGGCCGCCCCACCGGCCGUUUCUCUAAUAACCGCAACAUACCCGAUUUCAUUAGUCAAGCGCUUAAGCUGCCGGAGCCACCAACACCAUACUUAAGCCCACAACUUACCGGGGAACGGCUGCUUUACGGUUGCAACUUCGCUUCCGCCGGAGCCGCAAUCUUGAAUGACACCGGACUUCGUCUCAGGAACAUAAUAACGAUCCCCAAGCAAUUGCAAGCCUUCCCGCAAUACAAGAACAAGCUGGCGGCGCAAGUCGGAGGAAGAGAACAAGCUGAGCGACUAGUCAACAAGGGAGUGUUCCUCCUCUCCAUCGUCUCCGACGAUUUCGUCAACAACUAUUACUCGCCACCUUUCUCGUCCCGCGCCAGCCAGUACACCAUCUUCGAAUUCAUCGAACUCCUGAUCUCCGAGCUAUCCAAAAUCCUGCUGAGGCUGAACGAGCUGGGGGCUCGCCGUUUGCUGGUAUUUGGGUCCGGCGGGUUCGGGUGCUGGCCUGCGCUUUUGGCAAUCAGGGGAAGCACCGACGGCGGGGAGUAUGUGUUUUGGGAUUCCACCAAUCCAACCGACAAGGCUGAGGGGCUAUUUGUGGAAGGCAUCUUGAGUGGUCCUGCAGACGUUGUCUUCCCAAUUAACCUCAAUACCAUGCUCGCCAUGGAACAUGAAGCCUAAAGUCUGUAAUAUAUGUGGGGCGUUGCCAGUUUCUAAGCUGACAUUUCUUGGGAUUAUUCCUGAUCAAGAAUGGCUCAGAUUUCAUGUAAUUUGUAAUGUUGUUUGCUUUGAAAAGUACUUGUUGUCCCAUCAUCUGUCCUAUUUAUAAAAUUUUAGGAUAUUAUAUAAAUACAAUCUAUUAACUUAAUCAAUCUCAUGUUCGAGAUGUAUUAUUAAUUGUUAGCAAUAGCGAAGCUAGAAAUCUGAAUGGGGUAAAAAUCUACAUUCAAAAUUUUUAUCAACGAGACUAAAACUUAACAAACUACUAAUUUUUUUUUCAAAUUUAUUAUGAAAUUUACAUGUAUGUAUAAAUUGUUUUGAGAGCUGAGCAGGGCUACGGCCUACAGCCUCCCCCUGCCACGAACAUUGCUCCGCCACUGGAGAUUAGAUGAUCAUCGACCGCGACAAAGCAUACCACAACCUUAGCACGACUGGUGCAGUUUGGUUCGAACUAUGAUUGUCAAACUGCUGGUAUGUCGACCGCUACAAUCAGUAUUGGACGAAAAUCAGUUAGAAAACCACUGAUAUGAAGCGGUAGUCAAAACUAUCAAAACCGAGAAAAAAGUGAUACAAUCAGAAUGAUAAAUAUUCGGUUCCAAAACAAAAUGACAACGUUCUA